AUAAAACACGUGCAACCUCCUUUUCGUUCCAGUACAAAAUGGCUCCAGCUAAAGCUGUCAAGAAGCCCGGUAAAGCCCAGUCCGGUGGCAAGGGGAAAAAGAAGAAGCUGGUGGUGAAGUAUGUCCUGGACUGCACCCAUCCUGUGGAAGAUGGCAUCAUGGACGUUGCAAGCUUUGAGAAGUUCCUGAACGAGCGCAUCAAGGUUGAGGGCAAGACCAACAACAUGGGAAACAACAUAUCACUGGAGAGGAACAAGUCCAAGGUUAUCCUCAACUCUGAUAUCCCCUUCUCCAAGAGGUACCUUAAAUACCUUACAAAGAAAUACCUGAAGAAAAACAACCUGCGUGACUGGCUGCGCGUGGUUGCCAGUGCCAAGGAUACCUACGAGCUGCGAUACUUCCAGAUUAACAAUGAGGAUGAGGAGGAGGAAGAUGGAGAUGAAUAGACUUAAGACCGGAAAGCUGUUGUGGUUUUGUCUGUAUUGAAGAAAUAAAUUACAGAAAAGAGA